UUAAUACAUAUCAUAAUAAACGAAACGUGUUAAAAGGUUCUAACUAUUAGAGAACCUUAAACAAACAAUUUCGUUUAAUAGUUGCAUUUGAAAUUAUACGUACGUAUAGUUUAGUUUUAUACAAUACAAUAAACCAUCUGCUGCAAUGUCACAAACGGAUUUUGUUAUCAAGAAUCUUCCAGGUCUCAUAAACCCAAAGUUAGGUCACGGAAAGGUUCUUAAAGAUUUUAGAAUCUCGAGACUUACAGCUGCUGGAGCAAACUAUGGAAGUGUAAUGUUAAAGUUAGAACUUACAGUUGCAGAUAAAAAUGACGAGGAAGAAACUGUACACGCAGUGGCUAAAAUGUUACCAGAUUCAGAAAUAUUCAGGGAGAUUUUUCAUGUACAAACAACUUUUACUAACGAAAUGGCUUUUUAUGAUGUGAUUGUGCCUACCUUGCAGGAAUUUCAGAGAGGUUUAGGUAUAAAAGAAGUUGUUGAAUGUUUUCCGAAGUGUUAUGCUACUAGAAAAAACUUACUUAACAAUAGUGACAAAAUUAACGAUGACGCUAUUAUAAUUUUGGAAAAUUUAGUGGGAUUUAGAAAUGUUGAACGAACAGUAGGUUUUGAUUUUGAGACCACAAAGUUGAUUCUAAAAGAUGUAGCCCUCCUUCAUGGAAUCCCAAUGGCUUUGAAAUUAAAAAAAGGUGAUUUGUUCGAAAAAAACAUUAAACCAUACUGCAGUUCAUUUAAACCACCAGAAUCGUCUUGGGCUGUUGAUAUUCUAAAGCUAAUAAUUAAUGAAAAUGCAGAAAUUGCACAUUUGUCGUCAAAAGUUGUUGAAUGGGGUAAACCACCUAGUUCAAGAGUAAAUGAACCAUUCGCUACUUUGAUCCACUCAGAUCUGUGGAGCAAUAAUAUUAUGCAUAAAUUUGUAGAAGGGAAAGCUGUUCAGAAUAAAUUUGUGGAUUUCCAGGCUUGUGAAUAUGGUUCUCCAGCAAAGGAUAUAUUUUUCCUACUUUUUACAUCUGUUCAACUUACAGCAUUGAGACUAUCACUCGAUUAUUUCCUAAAAUACUAUUGGGAUCAUUUGGUGAAUGUUUUAAAAGCUCAUGGAUGUGAUGUUGACGUAUUUACUUAUGACAAGUUCUUAGAAGAAAUGGAAUAUGUAUCUACGUAUGAGUUUCCACAUGUUUUAUUUUUUUACAAUUUUGUAUGUAAUGCUCCGCAACAUUUUCAACAAGAUUUUGAGAAUAUUAGUCCAGAGACAGCAUGUAAAAGAAUACCAUUAAGAGUAAAGGAGACAACUUGGUAUAUUGUAAAAGAAUGUCACAAAAGAGGAUGGUUGAAGUAAUGUUUAUUUAUUGUAUGUAUUUUAUAGGUAAAUAAAAAAUACGGUCAAAUUUAAA